CUGUGAAACCCGCACGGUCUCCCCCAUAAUCUCCCGGAACCGAUUAUACCCUAAAAAACCCCCCCAAAUCGAUAAUCCCAAUCGAUCGAUCCCCCAAAACCCCCUCACCCCCGUCAAUAAUCCACUAAAAAAAAUUAAAAUCGAAUCGAGUGACUCAACGACACCACCAACACAUCGAUCUGUCGAAUGUGUAGAUCGCGACGAUCGCGCCGGUGCCCCCUGCGAUCACCUGUUCGCCGUAUUUUUUUUUCUCCCAUCGAAAGACGCGAAAAGUGUUGGCGAUUGCACGUGUUUUAUCGCUCCCGAUUUUCCAAAAUGGCCAGUAAAAUUGUUCGUUCGAUCGUGUGGCCUUGAAAAAUGGAGAUGGACGACAGGGGUGAGGAUAGAUCGAUCGAGGAAAGCGAAUAAUUGAUCGGAAAAAUCGUCGGAAUCGUCGAAAUUGCUGGGAAAAUGCGCGAAUCGAUGGUCGGGAGAAAUCGGUAUGCGUGAAAAAUUCAAAUCCGUGAGUGUCAUCAACACAGCCGAUCUCUCAUGUGCGCGUCUGUACACUGAGUUAAUUGACCUACAUUGUAGCUACUCAAUUAUAAAUUAACCGAUCAAAAGGUGACAUACUCGUGUAAAUCGGUAAGACAAACACUAGUGAUAAUGGAGGGUGCGUGUGUCAUUGAAUCGAAUCGUGUGAAUGUGCCAGUGCAAUCGAUCGUUACGAAUUCUCGUGGUGGUAUGAUAAAAUCAAAAAAUGUUCGUAAAAUGAGUACAAUGACGGAGGAGGGCUCGGAGGACGUGGAAAUGGAGGAUCGGAUGAGUAAUUCGACCCUCUCGGACCCCGAUGACACCGCCAGCGAGAGAGACGAGGGGGGGAGUAGGGAGAGGGGGAGAUUAUUGAGCUCCGGAAGUCGGAAAAUUGUGGCAUCAUCGGGAAGCAACGGAGGAUUGAAGAGAUCCAGUUGCAGCAGCGAGAGCGUUCGGGAGAAAUCGGUUAAACCAUCGUCGUCGGCUGGAUGUGGUGGUAACGCAGAUUGUCAUGAUUCAACCCCAAAAUUUUAUCGGGAUUACGGUAAUAACGGGGGACGAUUGAGCCGGGGAAUGGAAUUGUCCGGUGGUAGGUACAAGUACUCCAGCAUGAGAUCCCUCAAGUCAAGCGCUGGUGGCGAUGAACAUCAUCUUCAUCUGCAGAGUGUUUAUCAACCACCUGGUGGGGGAUGGGCGUCUAUUGUGUUUCCGGAUGCAACGGGACACACACGAAACACCAACGGAUUUCCGGAUUCUGUGUCCAUUCGAUCACUUGCGUCGAUUGGUAUGGGGUCCUCCGACGGUCGGAAACUUACCAUUCGGAGGGUACCCACUUCCCCCUCGGAGUUACUGAAUAUGGUUCAUCCACCGACGCCAGUCGAUGACAUGUCAACGUGUGACAGUUACGACGAUGGUAUCGAGGAGGAUUCGCGAGAUUAUCGACAACCGAAGAGGCCCCACUGGGCGAAUAAAGUUCAAUUCGUCCUCGCUUGCAUCGGCUACUCUGUGGGCCUCGGAAAUGUCUGGAGAUUUCCGUAUCUGUGUUACAAGAGUGGAGGAGGAGUAUUUUUGGUCCCAUAUUUUUUGAUCCUCAUAGUCUGCGGAGUCCCACUGCUGUACAUGGAGCUAGCAAUUGGACAAUUCACCCGACGAGGUCCAAUCGGUGCUCUCGGACAAAUAUGUCCGCUGUUCAAAGGUGCGGGCUUGUCCUCGGUGGUGAUAUCAUUCCUGAUGUCAACAUACCACAAUGUGAUAAUAGCCUAUGCUAUAUAUUAUUUUUUCACGGCAUUCAAGGCCGAUCCACCUUGGUCAGGUUGCAAUAACUCCUGGAACACACCCGCCUGCUGGACCCUCGACUCAACGCACGAUCGAACGAGGUUGAACACAUCGAGAACACCGUCCGAGGAAUUUUUCGACAACAAAGUCCUGCAGAUAAGCUCCGGAAUAGAGGAGCCAGGAAUCCUCCGAUGGGAGAUAGUGGCAUGUCUGGUAGCUGCGUGGGUGUUGGUGUACUUUUCCAUCUGGAAAUCGAUAAAAUCAUCAGCCCAAGUGAGGUACCUGACGGCGACGUUGCCCUUCCUCCUGAUCUUCGUCUUCCUGACGCGCUCCCUGACCCUCGAGGGCGCCGAAAAGGGUUUGCAGUUUUUCUUUCGCCCCAGGUGGCACCUCCUCGCCGACGCCAAGGUUUGGGUCAACGCAGCUGCGCAAAUAUUUAACUCAGUGGGAAUAGCGUUUGGUUCGAUGAUAUGUUUCGCUAGUUACAACAAAUUUCAUAACAAUAUCCUCGUUGAUACAGUAGCUGUGUCCCUGAUAAACGCAUUCACAAGCCUUUUAGUCGGAAUAUUUGCAUUCGCAACGAUUGGAAAUAUCGCGCAGGAACAGAAUAUGUCUGUGGAGGCUGUCCUGACGGAUGGUCCCGGUCUCGUAUUCGUCGUGUAUCCCCAGGCAAUGGCGAAAAUGCCCGCGUCACAAUUGUGGGCUGUGUUAUUCUUCUUCAUGCUCGUUUGCCUCUCGUUGAACAGCCAAUUUGCUAUUGUCGAGGUUGUGGUAACGUCCAUUCAGGAUGGCUUUCCAAACUGGGUGAAGAGUAAUCUUCUCUGUCACGAAAUGCUUGUUCUCAUUAUAUGCACAGUGUCAUUUUUGUUUGGUCUUCCAAACGUAUCGCAGGGAGGAAUAUUUUUUUUCCAACUGAUAGAUCACUACGCGGCAUCAAUCUCGAUAAUGUUCCUGGCGUUUUUCGAAGUAAUAGCCAUAUCCUGGUUUUACGGUGUUCGAAGGCUAUCAAAUAACGUCAAAGAAAUGACUGGACGAAUGCCGUCCCUGUAUUUCAGAUUCUGCUGGCUCAUCGCAGCUCCUCUACUCAUAAUGGCAGUGUGGGUGUUCAGUCUGAUCGAUUACGAGCCACCUACGUACGGAAAUGGAGCGUAUAUGUAUCCCCUGUGGGCAGAAGCACUUGGUUGGGGUAUAGCAUCGCUAUCUCUAAUUUGCAUUCCAGCAUUCGCUGUCUACGUUCUUAUACGAUCGGAUGGAAUUAAUUUUACCGAGAAACUUCGUAAUGCAGUUAGGCCUCACUUCGAGGCUUGCAAGCUCUGCGGUGAGGAAUACUGUACGGAUCCACUCCACAGUACCGAUGACGAGGUGUUAAAAGAGCCCCUCCACGAGCUAAACAGUCUGAUUCACCCGAAUCAAGUAAAUUUCAUCCCCGUAAAGCCCCAGCUGUAGUUCCCCGAUAAUUUUGAAUAAAAAAAUUUCAUCCCUUAA